AUGGAGUCUUUUGUUUACCAAUCAAAUCCGGCCCGAGUCAUCUUUGGGAGCGGCACGAUCAAUGCAGUUCCUGAUGAGCUCUCCAGACUGAACCUGACCAAACCAUUUCUCCUGUGCACGCCACAGCAGGUGGUGCAAGUAGAGCAGCUUGAAAAGGUCAUUGGCGGGACAGUGGUGGGCAAGUUUACCGAGGCGACAAUGCACACUCCAGUCGAAGUGACAGAAAAGGCCGCGGCCAGCGUGAAUUCUUCUGGUGCCGAUUGUGUCUUGUCCAUUGGGGGUGGCAGUACGAUUGGUCUGGGCAAGGCCAUUAGCUUUCGAACUGGCCUCUAUCAUCUGACUAUACCGACAACGUACGCCGGUAGCGAGGUGACGCCAAUCUUGGGGGAGACGGAAAAUGGACUCAAGACAACCAAGUCCAAUCCCAAGAUCCUGCCUGGAACUGUGGUUUAUGAUGUCGACUUGACCAUGACGCUACCGAUUGGGUUGAGCCUGGUUAGUGGUAUCAACGCCAUUGCCCACGCUGUGGAGGCGCUAUAUGCUCAGAACAGAAACCCAAUCAUUAGUCUUUUAGCGCAGCAGGGCGUCAAGUCUCUAGCUGGAGCACUGCCGGGCCUGAAAAAGGAUCCCAAGUCUCUAGAGCACCGACGGAAUGCGCUCUACGGUGCCUGGCUCUGCGGCACAUGUUUGGGCAACGUUGGCAUGUCGCUGCAUCACAAGCUUUGCCAUACCCUGGGCGGCACGUUCAACCUACCGCACGCGGAGACGCACACUAUCGUGCUGCCCCACGCGCUGGCUUACAACGCCCCCAAAACCCCAGAGGCAAUGAAGCUUCUUGCAGAGGUACUGCCAGGGAGCAACGGCGAUGCAGUGCGUGGUCUCAACAAUUUAUUGGAGAGCUUGGGAGAGAGCAGAGGUCUAAAGGACUUUGGUAUGAAGGAAGAAGACAUUGCCAAGGCUGCCGAGAUUGCCACCAAGAACGCAUACUGGAACCCGAGGGAGAUUGAGAGGGCUCCUAUCGAGGAACUCAUUAGGAGAGCCUGGGCUGGAGAAAAGGCAAGAGCUGAUCUUUGA